CGGUCUGUUAAACACGGAGAACACCUAAUAGCAGACGGUCUUUCCGAAGUGGUUUUAGUGAAGCUACAAACCCUCCCCCAGAACAGCUUCUCAGUGCCUGAAGUGCUUGAGGAGACGUGAUUAAUCUCGUAUGAUAAAUGCAGUAUUGCCUGUAUAAUUUACAGAUGUCAAACUGAAUUUUUUAACUCUAUCUGAAUUGCUAAAGUAGUUGCGGCACUAUGUUUUUCACAGGAUUUAAACGGCCAGUGCCCGUGUCGCUGCAAGUCUCGUUCAUCUUUUUAGUAAUCGCUCGGACUGGAAAAGCCCUGGCAGGCAAAAGGAGCGCUGCUCGAGUAUGCAUGAUGUGGAUGAAAUAGUUACAGUAAAAAGUAAUAGUUACAAAAAAUACUUAAUAUCUGUCAGAUACUGCCUAUAAUUAUUCUUGUUUCCUGUAUACUCAAUCAGUACUCAAUUAAUAUCCAACAACUUCUGUUAAGUGUUUGCUGAAUACUGUUCACCAAUUCCAUGGCUUGCUUGUGGUGUGGGCAGAUAGCUCAGUGUGAAUUUUAAAUCAUUUUGCCUACAUCAAUUUUCAGUUGUGUAAUACUGGAAUGUGUUUAUUUUAACCUGAGCAUUCUUUCUCCUUCCUCAUCACAUAUCUUUCUUUAUUCCGACACAGCCCUUAUCACAGAAGUAUUUAUUUGUAAUUCUUUCUUUGCAGGCUAAUAACCUACAUAGAAAAUGAGACUGAAUAACAUGCACAUGCUGAUUACUGGAGGAGAGGCUGAAGGACGUCCUGUUUUAAUUUAGCACUGUUAUUGUUCUUUGGGGUGAAAUGAGGAAUUUGAUUCUGUUUUGGAAAUAUUCAUAUAUCUAAUGCAACUGCACUUCAGUCGCCUUUUUUUGCAGUGCAGAUAUCAACAAAUUAAUUUUUCUUAAAGACACAGAACCUGUCACUAGGACAAAGUCUUACUGAUACACAUCGCACCAAAUGUCUCUAAAAGACCUGGCAGUUGAAGUAGGUGGUACAUCUCUGGGUGAAAGUGACUAUAACUUGAAUGGAAGGACAAUUAAUGAAGAAAGUACUAAUCUUGAAGUCAUGCAGCAAAGCCUUCCUGUAGUGAACAGCAAAAAGAGAAGUUGUGAGGGAUUUUCUGAAAGCAGUUACAGUGCCUCAGAACCCAGUGGUUCCUGGGGUGAUUUUGAAGGCUUUGGGGAGUCCUUGGGUGAGUCAGAGAGAUUCAGUCAAAAUCUUGACGUUUUGGUGAAGUCAACAGAAACUUCUGGAGUUGAUAGAGACUUAAGCAGUGGACACUGUAGCACUGAUGCUGAUCACUUUUAUUCUAAGCCAUCUCUACACAGUGUGAUACAGGAGGCUUCAAGCUCUCUAAAUGAGGCAAGCCAGAGCUAUGAGGAUAUGUUUAAGUUGAGCUUUCCAGAAGUCUUUGUAUCACAGUCCAGCGAGAGCAUAAGAAGCUUAGAUCAAGUACUUGACACAAAUAAUGAAGAUGUUGGGAUUCCUGAACUUACAAAGAAUCAACUUUGCACUGAUUCUGGAAACAUAUGGAGAACACUUAGAGACUUUUAUAAUGCUCCCAGUUUGAGACAUCCCUGGGGUAAAUCUCAUUGCCAAGAAAACCUCUUGAGUGUUCUCAGAAUAGAUGCAAAUCAAAAGGACUUUUCAGAGAGCCAGGAUAUUGUUGAGGAAUCAAAUGUUAAAGAUACUGAGGACUUCAGAUUUGAUGGAUUCAGUGUUAAUGACUGCAAAGCACUGAUCCAGACCAAGCUUUCUGUAUCACCAGAUUCCAGACACAGUCAUCUUUUCACCUGUGACCUCUUUUUGAAAACCAUAUCAUCAAAUGGAAACAUGCAGUAUAUCACAACCCCAAGGAAGAAGCACAUUUUUGCUGCAUGCAACCUAAAAAUGAAAUUUUUUCAGUAGUUAUGUUUGAACCAACUGCACUUUUUAAUUAUUUUGUUUUCUUUUUGAACUGAAUGCAAUUUACCUUUGUUUUGUUACUGGCGUUGUACUGUAGACUACAUGUGUCCUUUAGGAAACUGACAUAUUACUGUAUAUGAGGUUCCUAAAGCCACGUUACUAGAAGAUAUUUAGUUGUGAAGUCAGAGGUGUAAUUAUGCCCUACUAAGUUUUGCUGCAGUCAUGUCGCUUAGAGUAAAUCCCACUGCAGUCAUGCUUUAAGGGUACUGCAGUGGACCUGAACUACUGAUCUUUCAGGCCUUAAUGCCUCUGAUCAAAAACCUCCUUUUCCUGCCAAAAUCUGAAAGCAGCUCAGGUGCAUUGUAAGGUGUGCCUUGUCAUCAUCACUCCUUUUAUUUGGUCCAGUUUGGAUCAGUGAAGAUCUGUUACUUCUCCACUGCUUAACACAAUAAGAGGAGCCAUCUACAUAUGGUGGCUUUCACUGAGCUUUAGAACAAAACUGUUUUAACUUAUGAUAAAGCCUGCUGUGGUGAUUUGGGUAGAGUCAGUGAAACGUUUUGCUCUGGCAUAGGUUUCUAACUGAAAUAAAUUGCCUCUCUGAAGCUGA